AUAAAAGUUUAACAUAUUAAACAUUAGCUAUUCUUUUUGAAAUUGGCAUUAAUCGAAGGUAAAUGUCCAUUUCCAUCGACCAAGAACAAUUAUUACACGCUUAUGACAUCACUUUCUCAACUGUUUGAUAUUUUGUACUUGCAUACAUGUUAUUGUUUACAAUAGUGUGUUAAAUAUUUUAACUAUUUCACAAUGUCAACUGCAGUGUUUUGUUGGGGUAACACAAGUAAUGGUGAACUAGGACUUGGUGGCAUAGAAGAGAGUUACAUUGAUUCUCCUCGUCGUUGGAAAAACUUUUUGAUGGAAAGUAAUGUUUCAGAUAUUUCAUGUGGGAAAAAUCAUACAUUAGUGCUGCUGAAUGAUGGAACUGUGUACAGUUGUGGAAGAAAUGAUAUGGGGCAACUAGGACACAAUGAAUCUCAACUAAGAUUAGAACAAAUAAAAGCUUUACAAGUGCACCACAUACAACGGAUUAGUUGUGGAAACAAUCAUAGUUUAGCCUUGAAUGAAGCUGGUCAAGUGUUUUCCUGGGGUUCAAAUAAUUAUGGUCAACUUGGGCUAGCAACUGAAGAAGAGAGCAUUUCCUCUCCUAAAAUGAUUAAACGUUUAGCCAUGUUCACAGUCAUUCAAAUUUCCUGUGGAGCCCAUCAUUCAUUAGCGCUUACAAGUGUUGGAGAAUUAUACAGUUGGGGUUAUAACAAUUAUGGUCAACUUGGAAUAGGAAAUAAUAAUAAUCAGAAUAUACCUUGCUUAAUAGUUUCUCUAAUUGGUAUUCCUAUUAAGCAUAUUGCUUCUGGUGGAAACCAUAACUGUAUACUUACUAAGUCAGGUGGCUUAUUUAGUUGGGGAAAAAAUACGUUUGGACAGUUAGGUCUAAAUGAUGAUCAAGAUAGAGUUUUUCCAGUUAAUCAAAAGAGUUUGCGGUCACAUCAUAUUAAGUACAUCAGUUGUGGUGAUGAUCACACAGCUUGCCUGACUAGGGAUGGUGGUGUAUUUACUUUUGGUGCAGGUAUGUAUGGUCAACUAGGUCAUGGAUCAAAAAGCAACGAAAUUCUCCCUAGAAAAGUAUUAGAAUUAAUGGGAAGUGUAGUUACUCAAGUCAGCUGUGGAAGAUGUCAUACUAUGACAUAUGUUCCUAAUGGAAAUCGCAUAUUUGUAUUUGGCUUGAAUGGUAGUGGACAGUUGGGUGUAGGAAAUAGCUUAACAAAUCAUACUCUUCCAGUUGUGAUAUCUGACUUUAUUAUUAAAGAGAGAGGCAAUUCUCCUGAGUCUAAUAAUUUACAAAAUGAAAUUACAGAGAAUGAAACAAAGAAAGCCAGAUCAAAUAGUCCAUUCAGAGAAGACAGAAAUUGUCUUGAUGGUGAUACAAAACAAUAUCAAAUAAACAAGCUAAUAAGUGGUGGUGAUCAGAGUUUUGCUUUAACUAUUCACAUAUCAUUUAGGCUAUCAUCCAAAGAUUUUAGAAUAUGCCCUGAUGAAUUUCAAAUAUUAUCCCUUGAAAAUAAAUUCUUACAAGAAGUGCAAAAUGUCAAAGCUGCUGAUUGUGUGCCUCAAGAUUUAAUGAGUUAUAUUGAAGAUGUGUUUUCAUCUAGUUCUUGUUUAAAUGGCUCUUUUCUUUUAUCAAAUAAUAUGCAUUAUGAUUGUUCAACUAGAAAUCAUGGAAUUGAUAUUAAUGAAGCAAAAUCUGGAUUUCAUCAUAUUAAAAGUGCAGAAAAUUCAACUAUUCCAGAAUUGGUGGGAAAUUGUUUAGAAAAUUUAAUGCCAAAUUUAUCAAGCAACCCCCCUGAUAUUGAAGCCAUCCGUCUCUAUCUCCUCCUUCCUCUGUGUCACUUAUUUAAUGAUUCAACACAGUACUUGAAUUCAUUGAUUGCUCCUUUUGGUAUUUCACUCUUGAAACUAAAUACUAAAGCUAUUAAAAUAAUAGGUAACUUUUUUGGUUAAAUACUUGACUCAGUG